AUGCCCAAGCGGAGCUGCCCAUUCGCGGAUGCUUCCCCUCUACAGCUCAAGGACCGCGUGGGCCAGAGAGAGUUGAGCCACAGUGUGUUCGCCGAACACUCCUCACGCGAGGUCUUUGAAAGAACCAAGCCGUUGGCUUGUUCAUCCUGCGUGAGAUCUGUGGAUGGGAAGGCGGUCUGCAGCCAGUGCGACUGGGCCCUGUGUGGACAAUGUCUAUAUACCUGCUGGGGCUGCGGUGCUCUGGCCUGUAUGCUGUGUGGCCUUGCAGACUAUACUGAUGAUGGUGAGAAGACGCUUUGCACCAGCUGUGCUAUGUUUGAAGCCUGA